UGGUGUGCGUGAGAAAUCGAGAUGGAUAUUAGGAAAUUGGUACCAAAUACUGGCAGAUUUAACAAGAAAAAUGACAAAUUCAAAAAGAACAAACAGAAACCCGCCCCAGAAGUAAAGAAAAAGAAAUGGCAACUGAUUGACGAAGAAGUCGCUGUAUUAAAGACCAAAUAUUCGGAGAUAAAUUCUUCAAAAGUAGAAAAAUUCACUGACUUUCCACUUUCGAAACUAACUCUUGAUGGUCUUUCAGCAUCUAAAUAUUCAAAACCAACAGAUAUCCAGAGAGAAUCAAUAGGUCUAGCAUUACAAGGUCAUGAUAUUCUAGGAGCUGCUAAAACGGGAUCUGGAAAAACUUUAGCAUUUCUUAUUCCGAUAUUAGAACAUCUGUACAGAGAAAAAUGGACACCAUUAGAUGGCAUGGGAGCUUUGAUUAUUUCUCCUACCCGAGAAUUAGCUUUUCAGACAUUUCAAGUUCUAAAGAAAAUUGGCACAAGUCAUGAUUUUUCAGCUGGUCUGGUCAUAGGAGGAAAGCAUGUACGAGAAGAGAAAGAAAGAAUGACAACAACUAAUAUAGUAGUAUGUACACCAGGUAGAUUAUUACAACACAUGGAAGAAACAUUUAACUUUACAGCAGAUGCAUUACAAAUAUUAGUGUUAGAUGAAGCAGAUAGAAUAUUAGAUCUGGGUUUUGCUGAAGCAAUGAAUGCAAUUAUAGAAAACUUACCAGCUUCAAGACAGACACUUCUCUUCUCAGCCACACAGACAAAAUCUGUGAAAGAUUUAGCUCGACUUAGUUUAAAAGAUCCAAUGUAUGUAUCAGUACAUGAACAUGCUACACAUAGUACACCAGCUAAACUUGAACAGAGUUAUAUUGUUUGUGAAUUACAUCAUAAGAUAAAUGUAUUAUGGUCGUUUGUAAAGAAUCAUCUAUAUAGUAAAGUUUUAGUAUUUAUCAGCUGCUGUAAAUUGGUACGUUAUAUACAUGAAGCAUUUAGAAUAUUACGUCCCGGUCAGACAAUACUAGCUUUACAUGGUGGUAUGAAUCAGAUAAAGAGAAUGGAAGUGUAUGAUAUGUUCUGUAGAAAGAAACAUGCUGUAUUAUUUGCUACAGAUAUCGCUGCUAGAGGUUUAGAUAUACCUGCUGUUAAUUGGGUUGUACAGAUGGAUUGUCCUGAAGAUGUUAAUACUUAUAUACAUCGAGUAGGACGAACAGCUAGAUUUGAACAAAAUGGAGAAGCUUUGUUGAUAUUAUUACCAUCUGAAGAAGAGGCUAUGGUAAAACAACUUAUAGAUAGAAAAAUACCCAUCAAUCAAAUCAAAGUUAACCAACAGAAAAUAGUCAAUUUAAAAUGUAAAUUAGAAGCUAAUUGUGCAUCUUGUUUAGAACUUAAAGCCAUGGCACAAAGGGCUUUUAAAGCUUAUAUAAAGAAUAUUUAUUUAAUGAAAAAUAAGAAAGUGUUUGAUGUUACAAAACUUGAUACAGAAUUAUAUGCCAGAUCCAUUGGUUUAGCAUUUCCGCCACGGAUACGUUUCUUACAAAAACAUAAUAAACAAUUAGCAUCGCAAAAACCUAGUGAUACAGAUCCUUAUAGUAAACAUAAGACAUUUAGUGAUAGUGAGGGGGAGGGGGAGGAGCAAUCAGAAAAUGAAAGUAGCGGUGAACAAACAGAAGAUAAAAUGGUUUGUGCAUACGAUAGUGGUAAUCACAGUAAAUCCAAUGCUGCAUUAGGAUUUGAAGUUGAUGAUGAAGGGGAGCAACUCUUCUCAGUAAAAAAUAUAGAUGUUGAUGUUCCAGAAGGGUUUGGUAAAAUAGAUAUGAAUAUGUUGACAUCGACUAAAAAUCGUACUAUUACCAGAGAAGAGGAAGUAAAGAAAAAACAGAAAUUAGCAAGAAAAGCCAAUGUGUCUUUGAAUAAGAAAAUUGUAUUUGAUGAGGGUAAAGAGGAGUCUGAUGAAGAAGAUGUAGAAGAAAAGAAAGGAUUAAAUAUAGAAUUAGCUAAGAAACGAAUGGAAGAAGCUGAUAAAUCAGAUAAAGAACUUUAUAGACAAUUAAUUAAACAAAGAAAAAGGGAUGAGAAAAUCAAAUUAAAGGAGAAAAAGAAGGCUGAACUGGAUGAAAUGAGGAAAAGAUUAGCAGCUGAAGAUGGAGAAGAAGAUGAAGAAGUAGAAGUUGUAUUUCAUAAAGGUGAUGUAGAUGAUGAUCAGGAUCCAUUAGACUUUAUACCUGAUCCUGAUCAAAUAUAUAACAAUACAGAUCAACAAUCUUAUAGUGAUGAUGAUGAGGAGGAGGAGGAUGAUGAAAGACCUAAAACAAAGAAACAGAAGAUUGAAGUAAAAUCUGAAAGUGAAAGUGAAGAUGAUGAUGAUGAUGACACUAGUGAUGAAGAUAAAGAUGUAUCUGGUGUAGGUGCAUCCCUACCUGAUGAUGAAGAAUUAGCAUUAAGAUUGUUACAAAAAUAUUAAAUCAUACUAAAAUUUA